UCAAAGCUCGAGGAGCUGUACCUCUCCUUUAACUUUUUGUCAAGCGCUGUUACUGCCAACCACACUUUCUUGAGCAAUUUACCGCUGUUGAGGGAACUGGAUCUGUCGUUUAAUUACGCUCUGAAGAGUUAUCCCGAAAGCAUCACGCUGUCAUCCAGUUUCUCCAACCUGACCUCGCUGGAGAUCCUACACAUCCAGGGUUUGGUUUUUCAAGAAAUAGGAGCGGAUACCUUCCGCUCUCUGUCAGCUCUAAAAAACCUCUCCGUGUUGGAUGUUGGCACUAAUUUUAUCGUCCACGCGGACUCGAAAAUAUUCUUGCAGUUGCAACAUUUGAAGCUGCUGUAUCUUUCGGAAAACAGACUUCACCCGGUGGUGCAGAGUCGACCCGCAAACCGAGAGGGUCGAGAUUGGCACGCUCCAGAUGUGGGAUCUUCGUUCGAGAUGCCCUCGUUGGCAGAAUCCUACAGCCACCAGAAGGAUCACGCAUAUGAGGUCUCCAACAGCCUGGUGAAACCAGAGUGCUUCGCCGCCGGACGCGUGCUGGAUCUGAGUCGAAAUAAUCUCUUCUUCAUCUCUCCUCAACAGUUCGAGUUGUACGGGAACAUUUCUUGCCUCAACCUCUCCAAAAAUGGUUUCGCUGCCGCCCCCAACGGAUCUGAAUUCACGUCGCUUCCUGGCAUCAAAUAUCUGGAUCUGUCCUACAACAAAAUCGACUUGGCAUACGACGACGCCUUCACAGAGCUACAGGAUCUGGAAGUGCUGGACCUCAGUUACAACCCGCAUUAUUUCACCGUGCAAGGCAUCACGCACAAUCUGAACUUCCUCGAGCGUCUGCCCUCUUUAAAAGUUCUCAACAUGAGUUUUAACAGCAUCAACACGCUCACCACCAAAACCAUGUCCAGUCGGUCUCUCCAGGAGCUUCAGUUCAAGGACAACAGUCUAGGCAAGUUAUGGCGGAAGAGAGACAAAACCUACCACCGGAUUUUCCACAAACUGACCAACCUGACCUAUCUGGACAUAUCGUACAACAACAUCAGAGACAUCACCAAUCAAGUUUACACGUAUCUUCCCAAGAACAUUCAGAAACUGAUACUGAGUCACAAUCACCUGAAACGCAUUCAGUGGUCAAUGUUAAGAAAUUUCACACAGCUCCGCGAACUCGUUUUAAGCAGCAAUAACAUAUAUUUCAUAUCCAGCAAUCUGUCGCGAGACGUUCCCUCGCUGAUGUUUCUUGAUCUUCAGUACAACAGGAUCACAGAGCUCCCCGGGGGGUUUCUGAAGGGGGCGGUGAACCUGAAAAAGCUGGAUCUCAGUUUCAACAGGCUGAUAACCAUCAAUCAAUCCACGUUUCCGGCCGACAGCGAGACCUACCUGAAGACUCUCUGGUUGCACGGCAAUCCCUUCCACUGCACCUGUGAUUUACUCGAGUUGGUUCUGUGGAUUUAUGACACCAGGGUGAAGAUACCAAAGCUGGUGACCUCCGUGACCUGCGCCGUGCCUGAAGACCGAAGAGGUCAGCCGGUCGUUCUCUUUGACAUUAAAGAAUGCAUUGAUGACCAGGUGGCCUUUCUGGUGUAUUUUUUCUCUACUGUCGUUGUAUUCUUCACCACGCUCAUGUCUAUCGUCAUGCACAUGUUCUACUGGGACGUCACUUACAUAUUCUACUACCUGAAAGCUCGAGUCACCGGAUACCACUACCUCAGCUCUGAAAGUUGUGUCUAUGAUGCGUUCAUCACCUACGACACCAAUGAUCCGCACGUGUCCGACUGGGUCCUGAACCAGCUCCUGGAGCAACUAGAGGAGCACGGCGAGCGCUUCCUGCCCAUCUGUCUGGAGGAGCGUGACUGGACGCCCGGUUCACCCGUCGUGGAUUGUUUGACCCAGAGCAUCCAGCACAGCCGUAAAACUGUGUUCGUGCUGACCGAGAGGUACGUGAGCAGCGGCUUCUUCAAGCUGGCCGUCUUUCUGGCUCAGCAGCGCCUCCUGGAGGACAACGAGGACGUGAUCGUGCUGUUGCUGCUGGAGCCGGUGCUGCAGCACUCUCAUUUCCUGCGGCUGCGCAGACGUCUGUGCAGUCACAGCAUCCUGGAGUGGCCGCGCUCGCCGUCUGCCGAGGCUUGGUUUUGGCAGUCCCUCCGGAAUGCCAUCCGCGUGGACAACCAGGCGAUGUACAGCGACCUCUACAGCAGAUAUUUCACCACUAAACCUACUGCCAACAUGUCUGACAAGCCCAAUCUCGAAGAGGUCACCAGCUUCGACAAGACCAAGCUGAAGAAGACAGAAACCCAGGAGAAAAACCCUUUGCCAUCGAAAGAAACUAUCGAACAGGAGAAACAGGCGGGCUCCUCAUGAAGCGUGCCGGCGACUCCUCUAUGCACUGUACAUUCCACAUUGCCUUCUUUUUCACCUCUUUGUCGCUGUUUAACUUUUAAUGGAAAAAAUAUGACCUAAGUUGCAUUGUGAUUGGACAACCAAAAAAAUGCAGACGACCGUAGAGCCCUGUAUUUCUCCUCUUUUUGUAAACCACGCCACUGAAAUUCUGAUGAAGUUUGUUGAGGAGGAGGAGGAGGCGGAGGAGGAGGGAGGCGUGAAGCUGAGUUUCACUUCUGAAUCUGCUUCGGCGUGGAGAGGAGGUGGGGCACGGAGUUUGAGUGACAAGUAACAGAGACUCGCUUUUGUAACAUCUUUUGUGACCUCUGUUGACUUGCUCAAAUGCUUUAAAGUCAUGCAGUUUUUUUUGUAUGUUGACGUCUUGGAAUGCACAACUUUUGUUUUGUAAUGCAAAUAAAAAUCUGUGAUACUCAGA